AUGGUCAUCCACCGUACAGAGGACAACGGUAAGGUAAAGGUUCGAGAAGACUGGUUCUGGGAUGUUGUUGAAGACAACCUGGUCAGAAUCAGCGACAACAUAGUCUUCGACACAGUCCCGGGUCCGCUGCCAAGAGAGGAGAUCGUGGAGAGGGCGCGGUCUAAGCUGGGAGAGGGAGACUACAGCACACUGUUUGAAAACUGCGAGCAUUUUGCCUACUGGUGCAGGUACAACGUGGUAUUCAGCAGACAGGCGUUAACGGCCGCGGGAGCCAGCGCUGGUCUCAUCGCGGCAGGCGCGGUGACCGGCAAUCCAGUUGUGGCCGGCCUUGGUGUCGGUGUCGGCGUCUUAGCCGAGUGUAAAGAGGGAGACCUGUUGGAGUUUCCGAGGAAAGGCUACUCCCACUGGGCCGUGUAUGAAGGCGAUGGGAUGGUCAUCCAUCUGGCGCCAGCCAACGGCGUCAACAGUGGUAACUCACUGUCCUUUUCAAAGACCAAGAAGGCAUUGGUCAAGAAAGACUGGUUUUGGGAUGUUGUCAAAAAAAGUCGAGUGAGAAUCAACAACUACCUGGACAUGUCCAGAGAUAUGUACACGUUUCCUGGGGAGGAGGUUGUGCGGAGGGCGCAGUCCCGACUGGGGAAGAUCGGCUACAACGUUUUCCGGAACAACUGCGAGCACUUCGCCACAUGGUGUCGCUACGGGGAGGAAAUCAGCGAGCAGGCGGAGGACCACAAGGUGUUGGCGACCACAGCUUCCGUCGUGUCUCAUACAAAACGCGGUUUGAGACGGUUAGUUUGGGAGAUUGCCACCAACCCCAUUGGCGUUUUAAAAAAUGGCCCCACACCCAUUUGGCAUUAGCAGUUUAGCUAAUAACAAUUAAGAGCUAAACCAAUUCACCAAAAGAACAAUCAGUCCGACAAAGCGUUGGUGGAUUAACACGUCGUGUAUAUGACGGAAGCAUGGUACCCGAGAUCCGCUACCCAAAUCGCAAAUAAAAGGAUAUUCAAGCUUCUUCUUCUUCUUUUCUACUGCUCAGCCCCCUUGGCGGGGAUUAAUAGCAGUGCGCAUU